CCACCCCCAAAGUAUCCAAAGAACAACCGCCGGCCGACGACUCUCUUGUCAACUCAACAACAGUUCAGUUCGAAAGCAAACAUGGCGCUUGAUUUCGCAGCCACUUACAAGGUUCUGGUGCUAGGUGACUCGAACGUUGGAAAAACUUGCAUCGUGCAUCGUUAUUGUGACGAACGUUACUACGAUACUUAUAUAUCAACGAUAGGUAUCGAUUUCAAGCAAAAAAUAAUUAACUUGGAUGGAACGCCAAUUAAACUUCAAAUUUGGGAUACUGCUGGUCAAGAGCGAUUUAGAGCGCUAACAACAGCUUAUUAUCGCGGUGCCAUGGGUAUCCUUCUGAUGUAUGACGUCACUAGCUUAGAAAGUUUCAAUCAUUUAUCCUACUGGCUACGAAAUAUUCAAGAAAACGCCUCGCCAGAUGUAGUGAAGGUAGUUGCAGCAAACAAAUGUGACGUUACCGCGCAUAGGGCUGUCGAUGCGGAAAGGGGGCAGAAAAUAGCCGAGAAUUUCGAUAUGCCUUUCUUCGAAGUGUCUUGUAAGGAAAAUAUAAACAUCGAGGAAGCUUUCCUUACUUUAGCUAGAAGAAUACGAGAGCAACGAGGACGACGGGUAUUGUUGCUCUUUUCAGUUAUAUACGUGCUUUUUGUCAUAUGUAUAAAAUAUAUUCAAUGCUAGUUUGUUCGAAGCUUCCGAAAGAGAAGGAGCCAACAAUAUAGUUAUGUCUGACGAACGGUCUCACGUCUCGGUUUCGGUCUCCGUCCCUUCCGCUGAACCUUGGAGGUGCGCAUGUUAGUUGCUAUAAUUAUGGAGAAUAAUAUCGAGACACGAUAUACUUCGAAUAUCGAUAAAUGCGAAGUAUCUGCUCCGGACAAGAUUUUAUCUUUUAUGGUUACGCACAAAAAUAAAAGGAGAAGAAGUGCGUUAUUUCAAUAUAUGUAAGUGUAGGGUAAACUCUGGUAAGUUCGUGAUAACCUCAACAUUUUUCUAUUAGCUGUUAACAUUCGCGUAUUUUGUAGCCGAAUCAAGGGCGUAACAGUCUACCAAUUUAAUCUAUUAACAGCGUUUUUGCAACUAUUUAAUUUUGUGUACAGUGUACAUAUUUAUUUGAGCUUUAUUUACUAAUAGCGUACAUUACAUAGGCAAAGAUCGUUUGUUCCUGACAAUGUAGCGGUGCAUCGAGAACGUGCUAUCAACUAAAAGUAAGAUUCAUUUUACUGAAACUUAUCGGUUUCGUGGUAAUUACAAAAGAAAUAAAAACUUGGUUACUAUUACGUUUCUAAUAUUUUAGUUAGUUUCUAAAGCAGCAAAUAAAUGCUAUAUAUAUGUAUAAACAAGUAGCAUUAAUUAUAUUAAAAGUUACACUAAUAUGUAAUCCUCUUUUAGGACAAAGAAACACUCUGUUACCUCGUCACGCUGGUUUCAGUCAAUUGAUCUUUAGCAUGAUAUAAACUAGAACACCGACGCUAUGUGUUAAUUGUUUAUUUUACUAAAUUGAAAUUUAAUUAAAUUUCGAACGAAUUAAAUUUUGUGCUAGCGACGAGUGAAAAAGUAUCACGAACUAAGCAGAGCUUAUUUUACACACUAUGCGAUUUACAGCGAUGUGAACGAAUUUGUCGAGUAAAAUUUUACGAAAGGCAGGAGUCGCGAGCCUCGCAGAGGCAAGGCUAGAAGAUGAGAAAGCAAGAGAUAGAAAGAGAUUUUUGUAUCGAAGGCUAGAUAUUACAUGUACGUCUACGGUGUAGCUAAUGACUUGUCACUUGUCACAAAUACUUCAAGCCAUAUUGCAAAUAUUAUCGUGAAUUUUGCACUAUUCCUUUUCUAAUGGUUUUAAAGCGCCGAACAAGUGAUACAAUUCGUUGGACGCAUAUAUCGUUCGCGCUAAUAUUCGCGUUAAUAUACGAUUGUACGUACUGCGUAUUAACGAGUAGAGCAACGCAAAUCGUAUACAUAACAAGAGCACAAUUAUAUAUGUACUAUGCUAAGCGUUAUUGUUAUUACUGAAAAGAGAGAGAGACUCGUACUUUACAUCAACUUAUGCCCUACUAAAAAGCCGAUAUGAUUAUUUCAUUUUUGACAAAUUAUUGAAACAACCACAAGUUAACUUUGAUAUACACGUGCACGAUAGAGGAAUCCAUUUGCAAUGACAAUGUUUCCAACUGCAGUAAAUAACGAACAGCUGUUCGCUGUUGUGAAUCAUCAGGGCAACUUUGAAAAUGGUUGAUAAUGAAAUUCGCGUGUGACUGUUUAAAUAAAAGACGAAAUAAUAUUGUGACAUCUGUGGGUCGGUCACGAUCGUUUCUCACGGGAGAAAACAUAAGAAACACCCAUCAAGCUUUUGUAAUAAUCAAUAACGUUCAUGUGAAAUUAAAGAGGCUGAAGCACUUAAUAAAUUUGCGAUAAAAUAUGUAUGACGUUCGUUCAUACUAACCAGCGAAACAUACGGUGCAACUGUACAAGAAAAACGUUUUAUAACAUUUUAAACACAGUCCUAUUAUAUUAAAUAUACUAUGUUACAAAUUGCUUUUUAGCAAUAAUUUUGCACAAUUUUACUCAUAUGUUUUACUCGAACUAACUGCUGAUCUUUUAUAACAUAGUUGUAGUUUCAAAAGUUUCCAGAAUUGUUUUUCUUCGCUCGUGCCACAUUCAGUUGUGCGUUGUGUGGAAAAUCGUACGUGAAAACUUGUUAUCGUCGUUGAUUCUCUGAUUUAACGAUUGAUUAACCCUCGGAUGCCAAAGCACACGACACCACAGCCAGUCAUUUUUCUCCCAUACACAUACGUACGUAUAUACAUAGUUUCUGGCCCCCGUUUUUUUCGUUGUUUUAUUGAUAGCAAAAUUAUAUAUUUAUAUAUUAUUAAAGGAAUUAAUAUUUAACAUUAUUUACAUAUACUUAUAUAAAAUUAAAUUAUAUAGUAUUUGUAACGCAAUUUUUUCAAGGAAUUUCCUUACUAGAUAAGAACAGGAAGACACAAAUAACAGAGCGAAUGUCGUUCAUAAAUGUUUUGCAACUUACAAAACUAUAAAUCACGAUAUGCAACAACAAUCAAGGACGCUAUACAACUAUCCAAACUAUAUCGAAUAAUGAAAAUUAUAAAUACGUACAAUUGUUUGAUUUCGUUCGCAUUUCAAAUCUGAAAUGGCUCAAUCACGAGGGUUCAAUCGAAUUUAUUUACAAAUUACAAAUAAUACAUUUGAAAGUCACAUAUAUGCGCAACUAUCGGAUAUUACAAGCUGCAAGCAAUACAUAUGUAUAAUAUGUAUUUACGAACAUUUGGAUAAACUCGCUUAACGUUCACACAAGGCCUAAAGAAACAGAUAUCGAUGUUAUUGAUAUAGUAUCUUCCUGUUGCUUCGAGCAUUCGCACGAUCUCAUUCGCGUAAGACGUAAGACAUACAUAGAUACUUCGUUUAAGCGUUUAAUAUCACAAUGGCCACCAUAAAACGGCACGCAUGCAAAAAGAUGUCGACAUUGCCAACGCUAUUAACCGAGGACCAUUGCUUUUCCAUUAAUGAAGAAGCGUGUGUGAUUUGUAAUUGCAUCGAAAUCGGGCAUACCGACAUACAGACGUUCGAUGUAGUUAAGGAUUCGAUUUCAAGGAAAAAAGCUAGUCACUUUCUUGUACUUGAAAUAUAUUAAGAUUACGAUCGAAAGGCUCAUAACAAUAUCGGUUUACGAUAAAUAAAUUGAUGGAAAUAAGUCAUUUGUUUCCUUUUUUGUUUGUUGGCAAAGCUAAACAUUAAUAACAUAUUGCAACAAUGAAGUCGAACAGUUCAAAAAUUGAGAGAUUUAUGACAAAACAUAUGUUCCUCAUUUUCCAGUUUGUCUAUUCCCAGGCAAGAAAAAAUAAUAGUCUUUAAUUUUUCUUUAAUACAUCUCAAUUUUUUGAUGACAAAAUAUUCGUUAUAUUACAUAAUCUUUAUAAAUGUAUUUAUAAAUACAUAGAUCAUAGAAACAUCAUAUUUAAUUAAAUCGCGGAAUUGCGCACCUCGUGGCAAGGACUUUUAACAACAAAUUAAUCUUCAUUCGACACUGAGCAUUUUUUACAAUAUCGCAAUAUACACCAUUAUCGUUGUAAGUUUCGCUGCUAUCUACUAGAAUACGUUAUUAUCUAAAAGUUUGACAAGAGUCGUUUUUGUUGAGUCGCACGAUUAUGCAAAAGGUGUCCCACUUUGAAUCUUUUAAAAAUUAUUACCAAUUAUCAUUUCUUGCAUUUAUGGGACAAUCUAAGAUG